AUAAAUGACAUUUUUAGUGUCAAAUGUUUUUAGUACAAUUUUUGUUGCUUCUAUUAUCAUUAAUAUUUAGAGCGGUAGCUGAAGAUCUCUACUAUUUUCCAUAUAGACAAAAAAUCGGAUUUUGUAAUAAAGGAUAUACCUUUGGUAGCGAAAAUGUAUUGGAAAAUCCAUGGUACCUUUUACUCUUUAUAAUUCUAGGUCUCAUCUUUAUUCUUGUAUUUUUAGGUCUGUUGAAAGGUUUAAUAGGUCUGUGCUGUUCAAGAUACAUUGGCGAGUAUGGAUUGGGCAUUCUGAUAGAUUUGCCUAGACCACUUGACAAAUAUCAAGAAAAGGAAUACAGGGAUAUCCCUGUCACGUAUGAUCCUGACGGAUGGCCGGUUGACCCCAAUACAGGACAAAGAACCGUAAAAACAAUGUCAACAAAAACGGAGUUUUUUCUGAACGUGAUCUUUUUCUUGGCUUAUCCUUUAGCCAUAUGUCUACAAAUUUGUGGUGUUUGCUGUUGUAUAAAACCACCCGAGUACGGUGUAACCGAACAGUCUUGCUAUAAUUCACUAAAUAUGGUAACGAUCAAUGAAAGGAUUAAAAGGAAGAAUAACUAUUACAAAUGUGGACAGAACCUUGAUAUCUACAGAGAUGAAGAUAUGAAAGAAGAACAAGACACCUACUAUGUUAUAGACCAAAUGAAAAAAAGUCAAACAUCUCUUCAUGUAGGGUUUUGAUUUGUUUUAUUUUAUAGGAAUAAUCCAUGAGGUUAAAUGUAUUUAAGGCUUUUCAAUACAUGUAAUUUUGGUA